AUGUUAUUUCUGGAUGCAUUCUUGAAGGGUCUGAAACCACAAUUCGAUGAUGAUGCCAUCGAUCGUCUCAAUUAUUACUAUACACCUUUACUGCUCGUUAUUUUUGCAUUAACACUUAGCGCUAAACAGUAUGUUGGACAACCGAUUCAAUGUUGGAUUCCGGCGCAAUUUACUGGUGCUUGGGAACAGUACAGCGAAAAUUAUUGUUUCAUACAAAAUACUUACUUUUUACCACUGAAUCAUUAUAUUCCACGUGACUUACAAGAACGUGAAGAGCGUGAAAUUGGUUAUUAUCAAUGGGUACCAUUCAUAUUGGGCUUACAGGGCAUUUUAUUUUAUCUACCAUGCCUAAUUUGGCGAUUACUUAAUUGGCAAUCAGGAAUAGCUCUAAAAGGUAUUGUAUUAAUGUCACAAGAUGUAAGCAAUAUGCAAUCUGAUAAGCGAAAAGAUUCGGUAACUGUCGUAGCAACGCAUAUUUAUGAUUCAUUAAAAACACAACGAAAUUUGAUACGUCAAAGUCCGAUAUCGUUCCUUUUACGUAAAGGAACAUAUCUGACAUUAUUGUACAUGUCGGUGAAAUUUAUCUAUCUUUUACAAGCUAUUACACAGUUCAUCAUAUUGAAUAACUUCAUUGGUACCGAUUAUACAUUUUGGGGUUUCGAGAUUCUUCGUGAUUUAGCAAACGGCCGCGAAUGGCAAGAAUCAGGACAUUUCCCGAGAGUAACAAUGUGUGAUUUUGAUGUUCGAGUAUUGGGCAACAAGCAUAGACAUACUGUUCAGUGUGUUCUAAUGAUUAAUAUGUUCAAUGAAAAAGUAUAUUUGUUUUUGUGGUGGUGGAUACUAUUGGUUGAUCGUAGCAACAAUAGCUUCGUUAAUAUAUUGGUACUGCAUGUCUUUCAUUAAAACUCAACAAUAUUCAUUCAUUGCUCAGUACUUACGUGUUUAUGGGCUUUUGGAUGGACAAGCACAUAAUGUUUUGGAACAUUUCAUUAAUCGUUGCUUACGUAAAGAUGGCAUUUUUAUCCUACGAAUUAUUGCUGCAAAUGCGGGAGAUUUAAUUACAACAGAUAUUGUGGCAGCAUUAUGGAAGAAUUAUCUUGAUGAUGAAAAGAAACGUGCGAAAUUGUCACCAUCACCACCGUCACCAGCUUUAACACAUCCUAUAGCAUCGAAAUUAGAUGAUAUUGAUGCUGAUAAUAGUUUCCAUGAAAGAUUUUUUCAUUAAGUAAUUAAUUAAUCAAUCAUUCAACUAUCUAAUUGAAAAAGAAAGUAAAAGAAAAAAACGACACAUCUUGAGGCAUUCAUUAAUUGUGAUAACAAGGAGUAUUCAUAUAUUUCAUGUUUUAUUCUAUCAUAUCAGUUAUCCC